CUUACGUAAUUACGUGUUACUUACGCCCCCGACGAGCCGAAAAUGGCGGAGUAUCUGGCGUCCAUUUUCGGCACAGAAAAAGACAAGGUCAAUUGUUCCUUCUAUUUUAAAAUUGGAGCUUGCAGACAUGGAGAUCGCUGUUCAAGAUUGCACAACAAACCGACCUUCAGCCAGACCAUUUUGAUACAAAACAUCUACCGUAACCCGCAGAACAGCGCACAGACAGCCGACGCGUCACGUUGUGCCGUAAGUGAUGUGGAAAUGCAGGAGCACUAUGAUGAGUUCUUCGAGGAGGUCUUCACAGAGAUGGAGGAGAAGUACGGGGAAGUGGAAGAGAUGAACGUUUGUGACAACUUGGGUGACCAUCUUGUCGGCAACGUUUACGUCAAGUUCCGUCGUGAAGAGGACGCGGAAAAAGCUGUCAUGGACUUGAACAACCGCUGGUUCAACGCCCAGCCCGUCCACGCUGAGCUCUCCCCUGUCACUGACUUCAGGGAAGCUUGUUGCCGCCAAUAUGAAAUGGGAGAGUGCACCCGAGGUGGCUUCUGCAACUUCAUGCACCUGAAACCGAUAUCAAGGGAACUUCGGCGAGAGUUGUACGGACGCCGUAGAAAAAGGCAACGUUCUCGCUCGCGUUCCCGGGACAGACGCUCCCGUUCUAAGGAUCGGCGACGGGACCGUGAAAGACGGAGGUCGAGAGACAGAGAACGCUCAGGAAGGUUCUGAAGGCGGAAGACACAACGCUCUACCAAAACCCUCACAGUGAAAACAAAAUUAUUUAGACUUUUGGUGAAUUAUCAACGUGCUUUUCUUUGAUCCCUUUUUUAUGAACAGCUGGUUGCUUUGUCAAUAAAACAGAUUUGUUACUCUG